CUGUGAGCGCUCGUAAUAUAAAUAGGGAAUGAAUGUUCGCUAAUGUUCAUUCAGUUUUUGUUCUUAAAACAAUAAUGUUGAAGAUAACUAUUGUUGCCGUUUUGUUUGCAGUCUUUGCAAUCGCUUCUACAGAUGCUCAGAAGUACACUCACGCACAGGCAUUAGCCAAAAUUAAGGCGGCUGGAGUUACCAUUGCAUCAAGUGGUGGUUGUAGCAAUCGACAAAGUUCUUCUUGUACUUCUCUUGAACAAGUUCGCAAAAAGACUAUCGAUAGUGGCGUUAUAAUAUUGAAACAGGCAUCGAAAUGUGCUAUCACAAUUACUGGAGGAACUGAAGUCGGUCAUGCUAGCUCUAGUACAUAUUCCCACUACAAUGGGUACAAAAUUGACUACAGGCUCAACACUUGCCUAAAUAAUUACAUUACGAAACAUUACACAUAUUUGGGUAAAAGAAGUGAUGGAGCGAAACAAUACCGGUCGGCAGCAGGAAACAUUUAUGCCUUGGAAGGAAACCACUGGGAUGUGACUUAUUAUUAACGUUAUCAGUGAUGUUUACGAAUUUAUCAAUAGAACGGCACACUGCAAUAAUUUUUUAUUAUAUUUAAAAUGCGCAUCUUUUUUUAAAAAAAAUACUGAUGUGAUUGUUUCACCUAUUAAUACAAAAUUCUUGUCUAAAAUACAUACAUUUGCACAAUGUUACUG